GGGAGGGAGGGACAGAGGGAGGACACAUCACAGUAUCGCCUGGGGCUACACAACAGUAGAGGAAGAGCGAGAGAUGGAGGGACAAAGAGAAAAGAGAGGAGAGACUCACGAAAGUACUCAUAGGGAAUUCCAUAAGCAGUAUUGUCAACAAAGCUGGAGAACAAGGGACGUGGGGGGAACAGGGGAAUAAAGGUCCACAGGGGAGACUAACACACACAGAGGACCCCCGCAUCAUUUUACCUGGACACUCGAAGGAAGGAUUGGAGGAUCGAAGGAGGGAGAGAGAGAGCGAGAGGAGCCAAAGGUGACAGUUAACAGGGGCGGACACGCACAGAGCAGGACUCCUUUAUUUCUCUUCAUGGUGGUUUGGACACUCGUAGUAUGUAUGAAAAGUUAACCAUGCUGAACCUGCAGAGCGGCUCAAACUGGAGCGGGCCUAACAACUGGUAUCAUGACCCCACCGGUGUGCAGACACAACACAGUACAGUGUCUGAGGGCUGUCUGCUGGACACGGAGGGCAGCAUGGGGGGAGAGGCGGGGGGAGGCGGAGCGGGCAGAGGGGGAGGAGUCCCCGUGGAGAGGGACGAGGGCGAGGAGUCUCAGCUGAGGUUGCAGCUCAAGAGGAAGCUGCAGAGGAACAGGACCAGCUUCACACAGGAGCAGAUCGAGGCUCUGGAGAAAGAGUUUGAAAGGACACAUUACCCAGAUGUCUUUGCGAGGGAGAGAUUGGCAAACAAGAUUGAUUUACCGGAGGCCAGGAUACAGGUGUGGUUUUCAAACAGAAGAGCCAAGUGGAGGAGGGAGGAGAAGCUGCGCAAUCAAAGGAGGUCAGGAGGUGUGACUUCCUGUUCACAGAGCCAAGCCCCACUGACCACUUCCUUCAACACAUCUGUUUAUCAUCAGCAGCAUGGAAGCAGUUCAGGGUCCAUGUUGAGUCAGGCUGAGUCGUCCCUGCCCAGCUACAGCUCCCUGUCAGUUUUCUCAUCUGGAGUCCAGUCUAUUCCUCCACAGUCAGCCUCCUCCUACUCCUGCAUGUUACCACCAUCCCCCUCUGCCCCACGCAGCUUUGACUCAUCAGCGUACUCCUCCCCUCAUCUGCAGACUCCGUCCUCAGCCAACUCUAACACCGGGCUCAUAUCACCCGGCGUCUCAGUGCCGGUGCAGGUUCCAGGAAGUGAGCAGCAGAGCAUGAGUCAGAACCUGGGUCAGUAUUGGGCCAGAUUACAGUGAACAACAGACAAUUGCUGCCAGCCAGCAUAACAAAAGAAGAAGGAAAACAAGGGCAUGUAAAAUAAAAAAAAAGUGUCAAGAAAACAAUAUGGGGGCACAUGGGUUUUAAGGAAGCACAGGACUGAGCUACGUAUAGAGGGGCCUAGAUAAAUUGCAGACCCCGAUAUGCAUUAAAUGUUUACAAAUUCAGUCAAGAGCAGCUUUGGUUGCAUUUGACAGUACUCUAAUCAUACUGGUAUUUGCUUAGUAUUAUCAGGUUUUUGUUUUUUUUCAGAUAGCGUGUUUCAGAUAGGGAUAGGGCUGAGAUCAUGAUGAGAAUUAGGAUCAGUUUGAGAUGUGUUUAGGAUUAAAAUAGAGUCAGGAUUAGGAUCAGGCUAAAGUCAGGGUUUAGGUUAGACUGCCUGUAGAUGCAGUA